AUGUUCAAACAACAACUGUCUCCGAGGAGUAUUCACCCCUACCAAACUACUAUUGUACCCAGAAGCCAGCAACAGUUCUCGUCAGCCUCGCAACAGAGAGUAAAAUAUCCUUGGGCAGAUCAAAUAAAUACACCUGUUUACCAAGUCGCUGGAACAGACAGCUCUACAUCAGAUAACGCUUAUCAUUUGCCAAAUUAUUACAGUGGAACAUUGAGGGAGUGUGGACCACCUUCCCCUGUUUACCAAACCCCUUACGGCACCGGGACCGGCACAUGGCGUAAUUAUAGAAAAGGAGAGAAAGUGCCCAUUCAUUGCGCAGCAGCAGAAACUUACACAUUUCCUCCGUGUGCGUCGUCAUUUUCACUACCAUUGUGUGAUGUAGAUAUCCACGCACAAGCUGUGAACCGUUCACCAGUCACGCCAGUACCAUCUGUAAGCCCCGAAGUGCCUAUCAUUGGGGCUUGCGGAGGGCAUUGCCCAGGCUUUGAAUAUGUUUGCUACUAUAUUUUACAAGUUAUAUUUGUUGUAGGUAUUUUAACUGGAAUCUCUCUAUGCAUUGCUGGUAUUGUGUUACGGCGAACAAAUCGCAAUGGUGACCUUGGAGUGUUGGUUUAUAUUGGAUGCUUAGCGUCGUGCGUGUGUAGCGUGCUGCUCGGUGUACAGUGCUGCGUGCGACGCGAAAUGAGGCAAAGGAAACUGCGUGCCAACAUCCAUAUACCAAUGCAACCCAUACCGGAAGCGCCGGCCACUGCUUGCCCAUUAAUAACGUCUUCUACUCUACCUCAUAGUCGAGUUUACAGACCUACCGUGAACAUGUGCCCUGAUGAUGAUAUAACGGGAGUUCCUUGGUGGCGUCGCACUAAUACUAGAGAC